AUGGAGUCAACGCCACCAAACACCGACACCGACUCCCGCCUUCACGCUUUCCCCUUCCUCCACCUCCCACCAGAAUUACGCCUAAUCGUGUACGAGGUUGUGUUCGCAACUGUUACAAGAACACACCAUGAGUUGGAGUGCAUGAGUACAGGUCCACAAGCUUCUCACCCAUGUCUCGCUCAGAAGCACAACAAGCCUGCGGCGUCCGUCAUAUUUGUAUAUGAAGCACACAAUGUUGCCUUGCUCGCUACAUGUCAUCAAAUCUACUCGGAAGCCGGUGUUUACGCUCUUCCGGCUCUCAAAACGCUGCAACAACGACCGCGAAAGAUCAUUGUCACCACAAGCGGGAUGGAUUGUGAUAUCCUCGGCUAUCUAGUCCGCUUGUCUCGUUCGACCCAGGAAGUUCGUUGCCUCGCCCAGUCGGAUCAUCAGCUCACAAAGUCGAGUGAGGAGAGCAAGCAGGAGGUGCAACCUGACACCCAGACCACUGAAGUACAGAUCGCCAUACGCAAUGAUUUCCACGAACGAACAGUCGGAGAUCAUGGAACGACGGAAGAUCUAUGGACCUACCUCAGGAUGUACAUGCUGCGCCUACACUACGACAAACUUUUGUACGAAGCACAGCAGCUAAGCUUGCAGGCGCUCCGAUGGCCAGCGCACAAUCUGGACGUUCACUUCCGUAUGGCACUCAUGUCACCGAGAGAAAAAGAGGAAUUUGAUGCAGAGCCUUGGCUCGAGAAUAGUAUUGCGAAUGAUGGCGAGUUUCCGACGCAGAUUCAAAGUGGAGAAGAGAUCGAAUCUGUUGAGUGGGAUAAGGAUUGGGCACCAUCCGUUCCGGCUGCCGAAUAUGUUGCAAACGACUUCGAGGAACGAAAUACCAGCCUAUUCGAGCAGCGCCUAAGUGUUGCAAGAGCUGAAGGUUUCAUUCAUGCUGUUUCUGCGUACUGGAAGGCUGUAUGCGGACGAUGGAGUGGUAGAAAAUGGCUAGAUUAG